AUGGACGACUUGAUCGCUUUGAAUAAGGAGUUAUCCGCGCUUAUCACUGAGCUCGGUGGCAAUCCUUUUUCUCUCACUAUAGUUGGAGACCGAGUGGUUCUUCCGGAAGCUCUACGGCCAAAAGAAGCCAACCCGAAUCCCUACCCAACAACCCCUGUUACAGAACCAACCGCUCCACAAACAAAUCCUUCCCCUUCAUCUCCUACAACAAUUCCCUCUUCUUCCGUUAACAACUCUGUUCCUUCCUCUGCAAGUUCUUCGACAAACAACUCUGACCCUAUUUGUCCUCCUCCUUCUCAAGAUACAAGCUCAUCUUCACCCUCUCAAACCAACAAUAAGUCCCCUGAAAACCCAAGUUCUCCUCCCGUAGUUCCAGAAAACUCUGUAAUCCCUUCUUCGUCUUUACAAAAUCCUCAAGAUACCCAAGAAGCUCCUAAGGCCUCAAAAUCUGUUCCUGACCGAUUUGGCUUUGUUACCCUCGCCACAACUGACAGCUAUGCCUCCGGCGCUUUGGUUCUUGCUAGAUCUCUUCGAAAUGUCGAAACCGCUGCAGAGCUUGUUUGCUUGGUUAGCAACAAUCUUACUGCUUCAUCAAGAGCCCAACUCGAAGAAGAAUUCGAUGAAGUCAUUAUUGUCGAUGUCUUGAACUCAAAUGAUGAUGCAAUGCUCGCACUUCUCAAGCGUCCAGAACUUGGAGUUACUCUAACAAAGCUCCACUGCUGGAAAUUAACUCAAUUCACGAAAAUGGUCUUUCUCGACGCUGACACCCUCGUUCUUCAAAACAUCGACGAUCUUUUCCAGCGAAAUGAGCUCUCUGCUGUCGCUGAUUGUGGCUGGCCAAGUUGCUUCAACUCUGGCGUUUUUGUCUUCAAACCAUCGAUCGACACGUUCACCGCUCUUCUUGACUUCGCAAACAACCAGGGAAGCUUUGACGGGGGCGAUCAAGGCCUCUUGAAUGAUUUUUUCUCCGACUGGUCUACCGCUUCUACUUCCAAAAUCCUCCCUUUUGGUUACAACGUCCAUGCCGCAGCAACUUAUGCCUAUGCACCAGCUUUUCAGAAGUUCAAAGACCAAGUCAAAGUUGUUCACUUUCUUGGAUCGACUAAGCCGUGGACUUCUAGAGUCGCACCACAAAGCGAAUUUGCUAGCUACUGGCAAUUAUGGUGGUCGCUUUUUGAAACAACAGACUCAACUGAAAUCUCGAUCACUCAAAUUUCUGAAGAUGAAGCCCAGACUCCUGUAGAUGGAUCUAUUAAAUCCGGUUUCGCCCUUGUCCAGGAUGCUCUUGAUGCUCAGAUGGCGCUGGGGAGUUCUGAACCUGCUCCAAAAUUUGAUAUAAGAAUCUAA